GAACGACACAAAAAUUAUAGAACUGUUCCAUGCUACAAAUAAAAAUAACCAAAGAUAUAACUCAGUUUACACUAGGUUGUGACUAACGUAUUGAUUAUUGAAUUGUAUGUUUGACUGUUUCACUAAAUUAGUCUUAUGCAUAUUGUAUACUUUUCUGAAUUAGGCACAUAAAAACGCGCACUCGUAGUUCGGAGAUUUUGAAAAUCAUUAUUUUCAACAAAUAAAAUUUCGAUUAAAACAUAUAAAUCAGUCUCCUAAUUCAUGAUGAACACAAAUAAAGUUUGUGCUUCUUGCUGCGAAGUCGUUUAUCCUCUGGAAUUGAUAAGAUGUUUUGAUCAGGUAUGGCAUAGAAGAUGCUUCCGUUGUCAGCACUGUGGGAUGGCCUUAAGCAUAUGUAACUAUCAUGGUGGGUAUGAUAAGAAGCCAUAUUGUGCAGCACACACUCCAAAGCCAACCUCAUUUACAUUCAUUCCGGAUACACCAGAACUAUUGAGAGUAGCUAACAAUACAAGAAUGUUUAGCAGUGCAAACAGUGUUCGUUCUGGACGAAGCUCUGGAUUUGAUGAACGCUGCUCACCACAAUCAUAUGGACGUAGUGCUUCAUACUACAAUAGUUAUACACCACCACCUACUCGAUUUGGAUUAAGCAAUCAUUGCACUUCACCUCAUACUUUUUCAAAUUCUUCAGGCAUAAAUUCUAGAUCACUGUCAAAUAGUGGUGGAUGUCAUCUUAAAAUCGAUCCAAUCAAUCAUCAUCAUCAUUAUGAUCAAGGGCAUACACCACCGGCAAAUCAUAAUGGACUAAGUCGUUCUGGUUCUUGUCAUUCAGUUAUUAUUACUCCUACAGGUCUUCCUCCUGGAACUAACAAUAACACUGCUGGUGGCAAUGUAGGUUCUACAGAAACGAUUAAUAUACCUAGAGGUUCGACGGUUAACCUAAACUUUCAUGGUCAUACACACCAAAAUUCAGGAUUUGGUGGGACUUUUGUAGCACAGUAUGGUUACGAAGCUAGAGAAGACGAUGAAGUGACCUUCAAAUCUGGUGAUAUUAUAGUGAAUGGUGCACCUAUUACCGAAGGUUGGAUGUAUGGUACUGUUCAAGAACUGGAAAAUUUGGAAUGCUUCCAUCGAAUUAUGUUAAACCAUACCGUUAAACAUUUCAAUCAUUAUGUUUACUAUUUAUAACUAUGAAUAAGUUUUUCUCUCAUUUUAUUUGUAUUAUUAAUUCAGGUAGCUUUCCUUUAUUUUAUUAUAGUCCUAUAAACGCAUAUCACUAUCAUCAUAACAUAUCAUGAGAAUUCAUUUAAACAAAAAGACCUCUGACAAAAUUCAUUAGGCAAAUAACGUUUCUUUUUUUUUUCUUACUCAGAGAUUUCUCAACAUAUUUCAUAAAAUCUUUUCAAAUAAAUCACAUAAACUAUAAACUUUAUGAUUUUUAUUGUAUUGCUAUGACAGCAUUUUCGAAAGUUUAGAGUAUAGGAUAUUAUAGCUCAUAAAUUCCUAUCAAAUAAUCUAUAUUCAUCUUUUAUUUACUUUACAUAUAUAUUUUAAAAAUAAAAAAAUAUAUUCAGUUUAUGUAAGGAACACAAUUCCAAGUAUACAAACAAUUCAAUGACAUUCAUCAAUCACACUAACUUACAUAUCCUUAUUAAACAUUGAAAUUAUAUUCGAUUAACAUUUCGUCUCUUUCAUAAUUAUUUAGCUUUUUAUUAGCUACUUAUAUUUUUUCUUAAAUAUGCUCUCAUGUCUGUAUGUGUACCUGAGUACCUAUAAUAAUAAUAAUAAUAAUAAUAAUAACAAU